CCUCUCUUUUACUCACUACUCACUCCCUUCACUUCCAAGAGCGAGCGAGAGCGAGAGAGUGAACGUAUAUAUUAUCCCACAUCGAUAGAGAGCCCGAAAUCAAACACCUUCUCCACUAUAAAAAUGCCUUCUUCUUUCUGUGCUGAUCAAGUUAUGAUGGUCUCCAACAGCAUCGUCUUCCCUGACAAAAAGUCAACGCUGGGUAACCUUAAGCUCUCUGUCUCCGACCUUCCUAUGCUCUCCUGCCAUUACAUCCAGAAGGGUUGUCUUUUUACUCGUCCACCAUUCCCGAUUGAUUCCGUGGUGGAGCUUUUGAAGCAAGGUCUCUCCCAAACACUCUCUCGGUUCUCCCCUCUGGCCGGGAGGUUGACGACGGAUUCUGAAGGUCACGUGUUCAUCACGUACAACGACGCUGGUGUCGACUUCAUCCACGCCAAUGCCGGCCACCUAUUCGUCCGCGACGUCCUGGGAGCCACCCAAGUGCCAGAUUGCUUCAAGGAGUUCUUCACCUUCGAUAGAACUGUCAGCUAUAUGGGCCAUUUCAAGCCCAUCUUGGCCGUGCAGGUGACGGAGCUCGCCGAUGGGAUUUUCAUCGGUUGCUCUGUUAAUCACGCCGUUAUGGACGGGACCUCGUUCUGGAACUUCUUCAACAUCUUCGCCGAUGUCUGUAGGGGCGUGAAGAGGAUAACUCGGCCUCAGCCAGACUUUACCCGAGACUCGAUUCUUAUCUCGCAGGCGGUUCUGAAAUUGCCAGAGGGUGGCCCCAAGGUCACCUUCAACGCCGACGCGCCUUUGAGGGAGCGAAUCUUCAGUUUCAGUAGGGAAGCAAUUCUGAAACUUAAAGACGUUACGAACAAAAACAACACUAACGUUGAUUGCCAGCUCAGCGCGGUUGAGAUUUUGGGGAAGCUGAGCAACGACACGUACGGGAAAAACGAUAACAAUAACGGAACUAAAGUCACAUCCAUCAUCGAGAAUUGGUUAAAAACGUCCGUUUUGACACCGAGCUCUCAAAAUAGAUUAGAUUCCACGAAAACGACAGUUGAGAUUUCUUCGUUCCAAUCCCUCUCCGCACUCCUCUGGCGCGCGGUUACACGUGCAAGGAAACUGCCGACUUCGAAAACGACGACGUUCAGGAUGGCGGUUAAUUGCCGCCAUAGGCUUCAGCCGAAACUGGAUCCAUACUACUUCGGGAACGCAAUCCAGAGCGUUCCCACCUAUGCGUCAGCCGGAGACGUAUUGUCUCGGGAUCUACGCUGGUGCGCUGAGCAGCUGAACACGAACUUGAAGGCCCACGACAGCGGAAUGGUGCGCCGCUUUGUAGAGGAUUGGGAGAGCAACCCGAGGUGUUUCCCGCUCGGAAACCCCGACGGAGCAUCGAUCACAAUGGGAAGUUCCCCCAGAUUCCCGAUGUACGACAACGAUUUCGGGUGGGGGCGACCUCUCGCGGUUCGGAGCGGCCGGGCUAACAAAUUCGACGGUAAGAUCUCGGCGUUUCCAGGAAGAGAAGGAACGGGGACCGUUGAUCUUGAGGUGGUUUUAUCACCUGAAACCAUGGCGGCUUUGGAGUCCGAUUCGGAGUUCAUGCAGUACGUAUCAAGCUAAAUUAAGUGACUUCUCUCUCUGGGUUAGUGUUUGACUUAGUUUAAGAGUUGUUUUUCUUUUUGGGAGAAAGAUGAAGGGGGUAGAAAUCGAAUGCGGCAUGGCGCACUGGUUCUUUUGUGUGUACACAUUGUAGAUGAUGGCGUGGAUUAUGUAAGGACCGUUCGAUUUGUGCUUCUGGGUUUUACUGUGUAUUUAGUAAUUAAAUAAGGAUGGGUUGGACGGUGUUGAUUAGGUCCCGGUAGAUGGGGAAUGUUUCUACUUUUUGUGACAUAAUUUUCUACUUUGAAAUAUAAUCAAGUCUUUUUGUUCUAAUAUUA